AUGCUGCUUUCCGUGUUUUCAUCAUUCUAUAUUUUCAGUGAUGCAGAAAACCUGAAUACCAAGAUACACGAAUCUAGAGAUUAUCUUGAUAUAUCAACGCGAUACUCCAGGGUCUUUUCAACAAUUGGAGCCAUUAUUGUUGAAUACAAAUUUGCCGAAGUAUUAGCACAUUAUCAUAAUACGAGCAAUGCCAAAUUCUCUCUUGAUCAAGAAUAUUGGUCUCUGCCCUCCAUCCAUCAUCGCUCAGCCAUGCGACUUUUGGAGCUGUGCCAAAAAAACGGCGGGGUUUUCAUCAAACUUGGGCAGCAUAUCUCCACACUGGAUUACCUUGUUCCGUCUGAAUAUUGCCAAGUUCUCAAGUGCCUCCAAAGCAGGGCCUUUCAGACCCCAAUUGAUCAGGUGCAUCGGGUCAUUUGCCAAGCACUAAAUAUUUCCAGCAUCGACGCCGUGUUUUCCUCGUUUGAUGAGAUCCCCGUUGGCGUUGCAUCGCUUGCUCAAGUCCAUCGCGCUGUUUUGAAGGAUUCAUCUCAAGUUGUGGCGGUAAAGGUACAACAUCCGCUUGUCGAGAAAUUUGCCCCGCUUGACAUUCAGGCAGUGGGGAUGUUCGCUAGGGUGUUAAAAAACCUGUUUCCAAGCUUUACGCUUCAAUGGCUAGCUGAGGAGAUUUCGGAAAACCUUCCAAAGGAAAUUGACUUUUUGCACGAAGCAACAAAUGCUCUAAGAACGCGGGAAAUUGUUGACGAAUUGAAUUUGGAAGAACAAUCGUCGCUUUAUAAUUUUCUGUUUGGAUCAAGCAAUCAGAUCACACUGUGUGUUCCAAAGCCCCUCUUGGAGUUUUGUUCCAAAAAGCUGCUUGUCAUGGAAUUUGUUGAUGAUUUUGGGUGUUCAAUAGAAGAUUCUUCAAUCAGGACACAGGUCAUGGAUGCCAUCAACAGAUGCUUUACCAAUUUGAUUUUUAGAUAUGGAUGGGUCCAUUGUGAUCCACAUCUUGGAAAUUUCAAGCUUGUCAGGCCAGCCUCUUGUGGCGAAAAGUACCAACUGGCCAUUCUUGACCAUGGACUUUACAAAGAGCUUUCCGAUGAUAUUCGCAAGUCAUAUGCAAAACUAUGGCUCUCGCUCAUUGAGGGGGAUGAACAAGGACUAAUUGAAAGCCUCCAUACGCUCUGUCCCGCAAGAUCAUCUACCUCAAGAUACUCUGAGCAAUUAGAACCAUUGACCAGGGAUGGGCAAAAGGCUCAUCGACUGCUGUCCUCCGUCCUGUCCCGCAGAUCGUGGAAGGCCCUUGAGUUUGGCUUCAAUGUUUCCUCUUCUCCCUCAUCUUGUGUUAAAAACAUAUCCAUUACCCCUCUAAUUACUCCAGAACGGCUAGGCCUCAUCACAUUUAUCUUUGAAUCGAUACAAAGAGAUCUUUUGCUAGUUCUUAAAACAAACGAUCUUCUGGUUUCAUUAAACUUUACGCUUUCUGAUCCAGAAAAGCACGAUCCGCUAAUGAGAUAUAUUGCCGCAGUUGGCCUUGCUUGUGCACACGCCUUGAAACCAAAUUUUGACGACCUUAAGACCAGUUUCACGCCUAUCUUUUUCUUUUCCUAUGUGCAACGAAAUUUAUUUUAUUAUUUUAGACUGCUCAAAUAUCAUGUUGUCAAAUAUAUCUUUAGAUUGUGA